AUGACUUCUGAUAUGUUAUCACCAUCAAGUUCAAAAAAACGUCGAAUAAUGAUUAUAACUGCUGAUGAAAGUAUUAUUGAACAAAUUCAAAAGGAUAACAAUGUAAAAUUAUUUAAAUCAAUUGUAUUGGAUUCUAAUGAUGAUAAUAUGGAAUUAUCUCGUUCACAUAUUAAAGAUAUUCUACCUGAUGUUCAAUCAUCAAAUAAUAAGAAAACAAAAAUUGGUUCAUUAACCUGUGUUGUUUGUGGUUCAACAGCAAAUGGAUAUAAUUUUGAUGCAAUAUCAUGUGAAAGUUGUAAAGCUUUUUUUCGUCGAAAUGCUCUUAAAGAUCCAGCAACACUUGAAUGUCGUCGUAAUAAUAAUUGUGAUAUAACACUUGAAUCACGUCGUCGUUGUUCAGCAUGUCGUUUAAUAAAAUGUUUAAAUAAUGGCAUGAAACGUGAUCGACUUUUAACAUCUGAACAAAAAGCAGCUAAACGUCGUAAAAUCGAAGAAAAUCGAACAUUAACUUUAAAAACAAAUGAAAAUCAUCAUAAUUUAAUAUCAGAAAUUCAUCAAGAAAAAUCUCAAUUAUCAUCAUCAUUACCGAUUGUUGAUUAUUCAUCCGAGUCAAAAGGUACAAAUCUUCUUCUACUUAAUAAUUAUACUGAUCGUUUACCAACAACAUCACAAGAAUCACGAACAUUACUUAGUGCAGAAGAAUUACAACGUGUAGAAACAAUACAAUUUUCAUUUGAACAACGUAUUGAACUCGCGGCUCGUGAUGGUCUUCCAUGGAAUCCAUCAAUUCAUACAAGUACUCUAUUACAACAUCUUAAUGCUCGUUCUGUAUCAGCUAUGAGACUUUUAUCUUUUUUUAAACAAAUACCUGAAUUUAAUGAAUUAAAUGUACAAGAUAGAAUAACAUUAGUUAAAUAUAAUUUAAUGCCAUUAUUUAUUUUAAAUUGUACACUUGGAUAUAAUACAGAAAGUCAAACAAUUAUUGAAGCUGAUUCAGAUGCACCAUGGGAUUCAACUAUGUUUAGGAGAGUUCAUGGUUAUGAUAUAUAUAUGAAAGUAAAAAAAAUUUUUGAAUCAUUUGUACGUAUAGCACAAUAUGAUCAACGUAUAAUACAAUUAGCACUUAUUAUACUUAUAUUAACAAAAUGUUUUUCUACAUAUGAUAAUUUAUCUGAACCUAUACUUAAUGAUGGUAUAGCUGUAUAUCGUGCACAAAAUUAUUAUACAGAACUUUUAUGGAAAUAUUUAGAAACAAUUCAUGGAUAUGAUAAAGCUAUUCAUAUAUUUAAUGAACUUGUUAUUCAUUUUAUUUCAUGGCAAAUGCUUCAAGGUUAUCUUCAUCGUAAUCUAUGUAAUGUAUUAACACCAACAGAAAUGAAUGAAUUAUUACCAAUUAUGAAAUCAUUAUUACAUAUUCCAUAA